AUGCCGGGAAUCCAACAGAUGAUGAAGCGCAGGAAAACGGUGGUGGCGGUGGGACUGGGCCUGUCCUUCCUCCUCGGUACCGUCAUGAAUUUGUUUUACAUCCCGGGUUUCGACCACCACCAUCAGGCCCGGGACCACGGGGUCCGGUUCCACCAGGAGAGGCAGCAGCAGACAGCCCGAGACUCGCGGUUGCAUGUCGGGGAGCCGGUGGGAACAGAGUCUGUGUUCGCGCAGGGCGGCCGGUCCGACACCUCAGAGACACAGCGAGACCUGCAGCUGCAGAUUCGGCAGCGGUUCGACGAGGUGGUACGGUACCGACGACACGGAGGCAGCCCGGCGGACCCGGUUCCACCUUUGGAGAGGCGAAGGCUGAUGGAUCUGGAGCCGGGAGAGCGGAGCUGGAAUAACCCGGCCCCCGGUUCGGAUGGCACCAAAGACCGACCCCAGAUUCCUUCGUCCGGAUCUCUGCAGGAUUUCACCGCGGCUCUGCGGGACUCCAACCGGACUCGAGUGCCGCUCGGCUGCAGCAGUUUAGACAACGUGACGGAGGUUCGGUACCUGGGCUCCGGCUACACCAAGGCGGUGUACCGGGCGGCACUGAACCGGAGCUUCUCCGUGGCGCUCAAGUCGGUAGACUUCGGAGGACACGACAUGGAGAGCUGUGUGAGGCAGUACGGCUCGGUGGGAGACUGCUACCGGUUGGCCUCCUUCAAACUGCUGAAGGAGAUGAGUCUGAUGGAGCGGCUGCAGCACCCCAACGUGCUCACUCUUUAUGGUUACUGUUACCAGGAGACCAACGACAUAGCGGACACAGUGACGGCCAUCACAGAGUUGGGCCGUCCUCUCGAGAUGAUCAGUCUACUGCAGACACCCUGGGAACAACGCUUCAGGAUCUGUCUGAGUCUUGUCCGCCUGCUUCAUUUCCUGGCUCAUUCUCCACUGGGUUCGGUGUCUCUGCUGGACUUCCGGCCAAGGCAGUUUGUUCUGGUUGGGGAGGAGCUGAAGGUGACGGACCUGGACGACGCCAGUACUGAGGAGGUCUCUUGCACCUCCUUGACCCCUGACCGCUGUACCAUCACCUUUCCCGCACGCAACUUCAGCCUGCCCUGCCACAGGGGGCACUGCGAGGGCAUCAACGAGAAGCGAAACCUCUACAACGCCUACAGGUUCUUCUUCACCUACCUCCUGCCUCACAGUGGUCCGCCAGCACUACGCCCCCUGCUGGACCAGAUAGUAAAUGCUACUGGAGAGCUGAACUGGGGCAUCGACCAGACUCUGAUUCAGAUGGAGAAAAUCCUGCAACUCUACAAGACCGGCAGAUACCUGCAAAACAACACACACACACACACAGCAGAUUAUCGGGGGCUGUUGGACGUGUCUGUUGCUGGGGAGGAUUACCGAUGCUGGCCGUCGUAUCAACAUGACAGCUGUCUGCUGUCCGUCUUCAGCUUGCAGGAGGCCGUCAGUGUGUGUGAGAGCCACGCCCACUGCAAAGCCUUCGUCCUGACCAAUCAGACAACCUGGACAGGUCACCGGUUGGUUUGCUUUAAAUCGGGCAGCUCCAGACUGAGCCCUGCCAGCGGACGGGUCACCUAUGUCAGGGUGGGCAGCUGA